UGUUCUUGGUACACUAAGAGACAGGGCAACAACGUCAUGUGAAAACACACCAGUGGAAGUUGUGAAGCAAGGUCCACUGCCAUGAAUGCUAAUGCGACAUGGCAUCGCCUCAUCGUCACGUCAUGCCACACUAUGUCACUGGCCGGGGCCCAUCGCGGCCGUCGGCCCCGUGGGCGGCCCAGAUGGUGUCCACGUUGCGCUCGGCCCAAGUAAUCACGUUGAAAAACUAUGGAGGAGAGCUCCAAGCUUCCAUGCCGCCAUUAAAAUCCCACGACUUGAGUGGUGGUGUGGACUGUGGAAGAGGAAGACGAAGAAGUUGCGAGUGGAAUAUCUCCGGGAAUAAUCUUGUCGUGUAUCACAUGAAUGCAUUCAAACGGACAAGGUGGCGGACGAGAAAGGUGGCGUGCAAACAAAGAGCUUGGAAUGGACUUUCUGGUCACUGAAUGUUCCCUGUGCCAUACCAGCGCGUGAAAAAAAAAUCUCGGAUGGUCCUAGAAAGAACUCGAGCUUUGCACGAAUAUCUACCAUCGCCCAAGUGUGAUCGAUCGUCCAUAAUCAUCCUUUUUUAUAUCAUUAUCGCCCAAGAUCAUGCUAUUGGA